CGCGCGCGUCGUUGGUGCGGCCUCUCCGGCUCCGAAGCGGCGCCUGCGAGCUCGCCGAGGCCGCUGCUGCUGCCGCCCGGGAGGGGUCGCCUGUGGGCCUCCCCCCCCCCGAGCGCCUCGCCAUGUCCGCCAGCGCCGUCUACGUGCUGGACCUCAAAGGGAAGGUCCUCAUCUGCAGAAAUUACCGCGGGGAUGUGGACAUGUCGGAAGUCGAGCAUUUCAUGCCGAUCCUCAUGGAGAAGGAAGAGGAAGGGACUCUGUCUCCCAUCCUGGCCCACGGAGGCGUCCGAUUUAUGUGGAUCAAACACAACAACUUAUAUUUGGUUGCCACCUCUAAGAAGAACGCCUGCGUCUCUCUGGUGUUUUCCUUCCUCUACAAGGUCGUUCAGGUGUUUUCCGAGUAUUUCAAAGAGCUGGAGGAAGAGAGCAUCCGAGACAACUUUGUGAUCAUUUACGAACUCUUAGACGAGCUGAUGGAUUUCGGAUACCCGCAGACCACGGACAGCAAGAUUUUACAGGAGUACAUCACCCAAGAAGGUCACAAGCUGGAGACGGGAGCGCCGCGCCCUCCAGCCACCGUUACCAACGCCGUGUCUUGGCGUUCGGAAGGGAUCAAGUACCGGAAAAACGAGGUCUUCCUGGACGUCAUUGAAUCGGUUAACCUCCUGGUGAGCGCCAACGGGAACGUUCUGCGCAGCGAGAUCGUGGGCUCCAUCAAAAUGAGGGUCUUCCUCUCCGGGAUGCCAGAGCUCCGCCUGGGCUUAAACGACAAAGUCCUCUUCGACAACACUGGCCGAGGCAAAAGCAAAUCUGUGGAACUGGAGGAUGUGAAGUUCCACCAGUGCGUCCGUCUCUCUCGCUUCGAAAAUGACAGGACUAUUUCGUUCAUCCCGCCCGAUGGGGAGUUUGAGCUCAUGUCUUAUCGCCUGAACACUCACGUGAAACCCCUGAUCUGGAUCGAGUCGGUCAUAGAAAAGCAUUCCCACAGCCGCAUAGAGUAUAUGAUCAAGGCCAAGAGCCAGUUCAAGCGCAGGUCAACAGCCAACAAUGUGGAGAUCCACAUCCCUGUCCCGAACGACGCGGAUUCGCCAAAGUUCAAAACCACCGUCGGAAGCGUGAAGUGGGUGCCCGAGAACAGCGCCAUCGUCUGGUCGGUCAAGUCUUUCCCGGGAGGGAAGGAGUAUUUGAUGCGAGCUCACUUUGGGCUCCCCAGCGUGGAAGCAGAGGACAAAGAGGGGAAGCCACCCAUCAGCGUUAAGUUCGAAAUCCCGUAUUUCACCACUUCCGGCAUCCAGGUGCGCUACUUGAAGAUAAUUGAGAAGAGCGGCUACCAGGCCCUGCCUUGGGUCCGCUACAUCACUCAGAACGGAGAUUACCAACUCCGGACGCAGUGAGGGCCGUCUGAACAGCCACGACCGAGGAAACGGCGCAUCUUCCAGUUCAGAAACGCGUUUGGUGCUCGGAAGGUGGUUCUUGGGUGGGGUGGGGAAGGUUUGGCCGGCUGGAAGCGGGACCCAGCCCGAGUCCCAAAUCCGGCAGCCUUCGGCACCGACCUUGUGAAUGUGUGUGUGUUUCUCUUGUUCAGUGUUAAUCACGUUAGGAGUUAGCUGUUGCCCUGAGAGAGAGCCCGACCUCAGGAAAAACCUGGCCAGUCUUAUUUCCGCGCUUCAGAAAUCUGAGCACCGUUUGCGGUCUGCUUUCCGGAGCCGCUUCCGAGUAUUAGCCAAGCCCUUCUUGCCAGAGAAACCCUUGCUUGACCUCUGCGGACCCCCUCAAAGCCCCCACACUUAUUAGCGCAGGCCUGUUUUCGGAACGGAGACUCCGGACGACGCAUCGCUUGCAGAAAACCUGCUCUCUCUCUCUCCUUCCCACGAGGGCAGGGAAUUCAGAGCGGGUGGACUGAGCAAAUUUACACCGAUUCUGGAGCCGAGGGGGAAGAACCGAUUUCUGCAGUUUUCACAAGCAGCAGCUGAGCUGGCAAAUCCAUGCCUGGACCACGCCGGGCUGCUCCUUGGUGGUAGAAAAGUCCCUGCAUCUGGAAAAUUAGCCUCAUUUUCGGGCGUGGGGAAGCUUCCUCUCCAUGUUUUGCCAUGAUGUCUGACGUUGCUUUUGAAAAGGCAGCAAUCGGGUCUCCCAGCAGAAGAAAACAGGCGCGGAGUGUUCUUGCGAGUGUCCGGCUUCUAACAGUGUGUGUCGAAAAUUGGAUGGAUGUCGAUGCUUUUCUUCCUCUUCCCGCCUGCUCCUGAGCAAUUUGCCUUUACUCAGUGACCAGUCGGGCUUUGCUGUUUAGGAAGCACAUCUUUUUUUUCUCCAUGUCAUUCUCCCUUUCUUUCAUUCCGCCUCCUCCCCUUCCCCGGAGCUCUGGCUCGAAAACGUCUACAGUGCCGGUAAUCCGGUGUUCGAGUCUGCCUUUCCCAAGAGUAAACAAAGCCAAGUUUGGGAUCUCCUCGCCUUCCUUCAGGCAGCUUUAGAGGCCCUGCCGGAGCCACAGAGAAAGAACCAUUGUGGCUCUUGCUGCGGAAACGGGGGCACCCCCGUGGUUGCGUGUAAAGGUUUUCUUCGACUGACUGGCUCGGGGUGACGUUUGGGGCCGGGUUAGCGCUACCUGCUGAAGCCAGGUUGAAGACACGGGACCACCGCCGCCCCCUCCUCGCCCCCAGCCGUCGGAACCACCACCAAGCAAGCAAACCACCGUUCCUGCCGAAGAGGCCAUUGUUCACUUGUUGCCGAAAAGUCUGUUUCAAAUAAAUUGAGCUUCUGUUGAUCAGUAUUUGGGCUGGAAACAC